AUGAGGCGCUGCAUUGUGCGGCUCGAGCCGCAUCUCCGCCGUCAGAUCGGCCAACCGAUCUCGACGGGACCAUCUCCGCCGUUCGUCAGCAGCCCUGCCGGUCCUUUCGCCCCUCCGAUUCCCCUUACUGGCCUAUCCCUCUCCGAGCCGCCCUCUGCAGCCUUCGCUACUGCCGCCUUACCCCCCAGUGACGCCGCCAGUGGCGCCGCCAGUCCCCCCGCCCCCGGUUACGGGCGGUCAUGGGGAGCGCCCGGAUUUCAUGCUCCUGGGAGGUUUCCUCCAAGCGCGCCGAUCCAGCAGCCCGUGGCGGCUUCCGCUGGCCAAUCCCCCCCACUGACGCAACAUGAGGCACAGCGCCCAGAUGGCGCUUCCCCGCCGCAUCCUCUGCCUCUCACCGCUCCCCCCGCUCCCUCCGUUCCCCCCGCCAGUGCCCCCACGGGACUGUCCCCCGCUGCCCUCUCCCGCAUGCUCGUUGCGUACGAGCGCGCGGGGAGGGAUGCUGACGUGGCGCGCGUGCUGGCCGACGCGCGAGCCGGCGGCGUUGCAUUGGACAGCGGCGCGCAGGAGGCGGCGAUCCGGAGCGUGGCGCGGAGGCGGGACCUGGGGGAGGCGGAUCGGAUGCUGGGGGAGGCGCGGGCGGCGGGUUUUGUCUUAUCCGCGCCGACGUGGAACGGGUUGGUGGAGAUGUACGCUGAGAUGGGCGAGAUCGAGCGGAUGGAAGAUGCUGCCGCCCAGGCCGCCCGGGCUGCCGCCCAGACUGCUACUCCUGCCGCCCAUGCCGCCCCGGCUGCUCCUGCUCCUGCUGCUGGGGGCCCUGCUGCCACUUGGUCUCCCCCUCCCCCUCCCCCUCCUCCCCUUGCCGCUGCUCCUCCUCCACCCUCCGCGCCCGCUGCUGCUGCAGUCGGCAGUGAGAGCAGUGGCAGCAGCGAGCAGCUGAGUGAGAGGGAGAGGGAGGAGAUGCGCCUGAGGAUGAAGCUCAGACGCCGGGCGGCAGAUGCUGACUCACACGCUGACCUUGCUGCUCCGCUCGUUGCUGCUCCUCUUGCCAGCCUUGAUGCUGCUGCUGCUGCUCCCUCCUCUCCUGCUGCUGCCACUACCCCAUCCCCCCCAUCUCCCCCAUUCCCCCCAUCUCCUCCGCCUCCGCGCUUUGCUCCGCCGCCCCCACCUGGCGUCCCGCCAGCCGCAGCGCCCACCGCCCCGCACGCCCCCCACCCGCCCCCCUCCCCGCCCCUCUUCUCGCCCCGCUCCCCCUUCCCCGCGCCGCCCCCCCUGACAUCCCCAUCCGCCCCCGCGCCUCGCAUGCGCCCUGGCGUCUCCGCAGCUGCGCCUGUGGACGCGCCGUCAGACACGUCAGCUCCGGCUGCAGCUGACGUGGCAGCUGCUGACGUGGGCGCUGCGGCUCCGUCUGCAGGUUUGGGCCGAGGUGGUCUGAUGCCGGCAGGGCGCGGGGCAGGCUUGGUAAGGCUGGGAGGUCCGGCAGCAGGCGCGGGGAGGGGAAGGCUGAGUUUCGAACGGCAGAUGGAAGGCUGGAGGGGCGCUGAGGGGGCGCGGGAGAGGGGGAGGGAGGGGGGGAUGGAGUUGGGGAGGGAGGGGAGCAGGGAGGGGGAAAAGGAGAGGGUGAUUGAGAGGGGGAGGGAGGGGGAGAGAGAGGAACAGAAGCAGGGGCAGGGGGGAGUGGGAGGGGUGGAGGUAGGAAGGGGUGCAGCAGUUGACAUCCCCCCACAGCAGCACCCUCCCCCCUUGAACCUCUCUCGAGAAGACGCCACCGAACGUGCCCUUGGCAUCCUCACCGCAGCUAUGGCCAAGGCUCGGGACUCCUCCCGAGCCUCCUCCCGCCGCGACGCCGUCAAUCAGUUCGCCGCCGAGGCUCUCGGCUCGGUCAUGUCCCGCCGCAGGCUCGGCGCAGGUCCGGGAGGUCCGGGGGGAGGAGGCCCGGGAGGGGGCGGAAGGGGAGGGCGCGAGGAAGGGAGGCGUAUGGGGGGAGCGGGAGCGGGGGGGCAGAGGAGAGGGGGAAUGAGGGAAGGGGAGCAGAGGAGAGGGAUGAGAGACGGGGGACAGAGGGGAGGGGGGAUGGGGAUGGGGAUGGGUUUGGUAAUGGACAGGCAGACGGAGGGGCAGGGGGGGCAGCAGAGGCCGCGGAUGGGCGGAGGGGGCAGGCGGGGGAGGGGGGAGCUGGUGACGGGGGAGAGUGUGGUGCAGAGGUUUAUAGAGGAGUCGGCGUGGAGUGAGGAGGACGAGCGGCAGGUGGGCGAGUUUCUGGACUUCCUUGAAGCUGCCGAUGUGGCUAACGCGGCCCUGCAUCAGCGAUUCAUGGUGGACUUCGAGCCAGAGUACAUCACCCCGGACGAUUUCUCGCCCCUCAACCCGCUGCUGGCGGAGGAAGAGCAGCAGCUGCAGGCGGGUGAGGGGCCGUCGCUGGAGGAGGUGAUGGUGGCGGCGAAGGCAGAGCUCAUGGCGCUGACAGGCAUGCAGAGCGAGGAGGAGUUCCAGUCCGCCCUGCAGAGCUGCCUCUCCCGAGCAGAUGAGCUCGAGACCCUGGUGGAGCUGUAUGCGGGGCCGCAGCGAAUGACAGCGCUGCAGGAGAACAAGGCGCUGCAGGAAGCCGCUGAGAAGCUUCCUCCCAGCGUGUCCCCGCAGGCCGUGGCAUUCACCAAGCGCGCUCUGCUCACCCUGCAGCCUUUCUCCCAUGGUGGAUGUUUUUUCCGCCUGCUGCUCUCCACAUCCUCAUUCAUGUGGGCGUCUCUUCUCUGCCCGUCCCUCGCUGCCUGCCUUCCUCUAUGGCAGAACAACCCAUCGUGGACGUUUGCACAGAAGCAGAAGAUGAUCGGCAACAUUGUGAGAGGGUUCUCGGCGUCGGCAUGA